AUGCCUUUGAACCUAGUUCGGUGCGGAGGGGGUGUCCUCCAACACCUCCAGCUUAGCGAGGCCUUCUCUCGUCCGGUCCGCCAGGCCAUCUCCCAGAGCCAUGUUAGGCGCAUGUCCCUCGCCGCUCUGAGUCGCUUCUCGACCCCCAAUGUCAGAUAUGCGCCUCUUUCCGCUGCACUCUCCGGACACCUGACCAGCAGCUAUGCGACUGCGGCUUCCCCCAAGGGGCGCGCCGGCACCAAAUCCUCUUCCACCAAGACGACGAAGUCUACCAAGUCCACCAAGACUACCAAGAAGCCUCGGGCAAAGAAGGAACUUACUGAAGAGCAGAAGGCGGCCAAGAAGGAAGCUAAGGAGAAGAGCGACCUGAGGCAGCUUGUUAAGCAGCUGAAGGCCGCCUCCCUUACGCCGCCCAAGAGGCUCACCAACCACUUCACCCUGACCAUGCUCAGCAAGCUUGAAGAGGUCAAGAAGGAAGGAAAGGGAUUGAAGGGCAAGGAGGCAUUCAAGGAGGCCGCCGAACGUGCCAAGAACAUUAGUGAAGCCGAGCGCGAGCAAUUUGUCGCUACUGCUGCUACCAACAAGGAAGCCUACGAGAAGGAAUACAAGGAGUGGCUCGACUCGCACAGUCCCCUGGAGAUCAAGCAAGCCAAUGACGCCAGGCGAAGACUUGCCCAGAUUCAGAACAAGAAGUUCUUCCCUCUUCAUGACCCUCGCCUGGUCAAGCGCUCUAAGAUCGCGUAUCUAUUUUACGCCGAGGAACGCCAUCAGGCUGGCGACCUAAAGUACAUGCCCAUCCCCGAACGUGGUGUGCGAAUUGCGGAAGAAUGGCGAGGCAUGACCGCUGCAGAGAAACAGAAAUACGUGCGACUUCAAGAAGUUGAUGCCGAACGGUACGCCCGGGAAUACAAGGUCGUCUAUGGCGAGGAUCCCCCCUAUGUGGGAAAGAACGCGACGAAAUGA